AGACAUCUGGUGGUAUGUUAGUUAACUAUUAAAAAAGUAGUGUCAGAUUUACAGUGCAGCCACCAGUGCCGAAUAAUCUGUAAGACUCUUCAGGGCUCUGAGGUUUAAAACUAGAAAAAUUUUAAUGUUCAACAAUAUUGUGUUCCUAUAAAUUCAGGAAUAUGCUAUGAAUGUAAUUAUCAUUUCCGUGCAGAGAACAAUCAAUACCAUUUGCUACAGAUAAUAAACGAACAGAGUAGAAGUUAUAUUGGUGGAAAUGAGCGAAAUUUCGCUUUUCGUCAUUCAUCCUCGUCUUUGUGGACAAAUGCGAAAAGCGGGGCGCCUGUCGGGGAAAUUGUUUUUAAAUUUUGCAUCCACACAAGAUUGAAUUGUUGAAACGAUUUGAUUGUAACCAAGCGCGCAGAGUUAUGUGGUAGAUAUAGUAUAACCCCACUAAACCGAAUAAAACCAAUUGCACCUGACAUUCUGUGGGUUUAUAUUUUGAAAGUACGUCAACAUUAUCCCGAAGAAAAUGAAAAAGAACGACAAUAUAAAAAUUAUUGGUCGGACGGUAAUAUUGGUACCAUACAAGAGGAUACACGUUGAUAAAUAUCAUGAAUGGAUGAAAUCAAAAGAGCUCCAAGAACUCACUGCAUCAGAAGAACUAAGUUUAGAAGAAGAAUACAAGAUGCAAGAAACAUGGCAUAUUGAUGAUGACAAGUGUACAUUUAUUGUUCUGGACAAACAAAUAUGGGAAGAAACAGAAAACGAAAUACAUGCAAUGAUUGGUGAUACAAAUUUGUUUCUCUUGGGAAAUGAUGUGGCAGAAGCAGAAAUUAUGAUUGCUGAAGCUUUUGCUCGAGGGAAAGGAAGAGGAAAAGAGGCAAUGUUACUCAUGCUCAAAUAUGGUUGUGAUAAGUUAUGUAUUAAAAAGUACAUUGCAAAAAUUGGCACUAACAAUUCUAGAAGUAUUACUAUGUUCCAAAAUAUGGGUUUCAUCCAAGUUUCAGAAUCUAACGUUUUUAAAGAAGUAACUCUUGAAAAACAUGUUACUGAUGAAUGGCACACGUGGUUGAAUGAUAAAACAAAUCUGUCCCUAAUAGCACCAUAUACAUGAGGAUGUAUGAAAAAUGUAAAUGUUUAUAUGAGACAUUUUAUUCAUAAAUGUAAAAUAUUAAGCAUGGAAGUAAUGCAGCAUAUAUAUAUGUAUAUUUUAUAAAAAUAAUAAAAGUAUGAAUAAUCACUGACAAAAAAAUUUUACAUUGAAUCAUUAAAUACUCUGAACAGUUCACUGCUCUUCCUUUUUCAUGACUGCACUAAAAGUUGUACUUUACUAUAAUAAAAUAUUGAGGUAAUCUCACAGUUGAUCCAAAUUUGCUGCAAAAUUGUUUGCAGAGGCAUUUACAAGCCAUAAUGAAACAAAAUAAUUCAUUCAUGUACUGGUUUUGUAUGAGGUGCAAUUCUGAUAUUAAGCUACAAUAUCAACUAACAACCCAUACUUCAGAUCUCAACUAAAUUGGUUCAAUUUAGAAUCUUUAUUUUCCUUAAUCAUGUAUUUUGAUAUGCACUUUCAGUUCAAUAUUUGAAAUACUCCUCACAAACAUACUUGCAGAAUAUCUGUACGAAAUAUAAAUUAACCCUUUACAUUAAGUUCAAGUACAUGAACAAAUACAAUGUUUGCAAACCAAUGUAAGUACUAUGCCUUACUUGACAGCAGUUGUAAAUGAGGUUUGUGGAAGUGACAAAAAAGAAAAAAAAAAAAACUUUACACAUUAUAACAUACAGUAGAAAACUAUUGAAAUACCAUAGUCACCAACUAUCUGGGUACCCUAUAAAAUGUAUCAGAUCCCUCAAAUAAAAUACUCAAAAGAGUUCACACAGAGAAUGCUAAAUGUUAUAGCUCACAAAAAAAUAAAAUUAUCAAAUAUAUAAGUGACCAAAUAUAAAUACUUUGAAAAGAUAAUUACUCCAAGAAAAAGACACUGGUAAGAAUUGCAUGAAAGAUAAACAAUACCAACAAUUUGUAUUAAGAUACAAAGUCAUGUGCUUUAUAAAUUGAAAAUGGUCCUUCAUUCUUCUUUCACAAUAAAAAUAAUAAAAAACCUUACAAAUGAUAUUUUUUAUGACACUACAUAAAGCUACCUUACAUGCUAAACACAAAUAUGGCACAAUUUUUUUUCUUCCAAAAAUAUAUAACUACCAUAACACAAACAUUUUUACAGAAGUAUAUAACAGGUGAAGAUAAACUGCUCAAGCACAGCUCCAACAGAAUGCUCCUCAAGAGAAUCAUAUCCAGAUAUUAAAUACAAGAUGCAGACUCACAUUACUGAAGAUCUCUGGGGGCAACUUUCAGCUCGAGAAUU